CGUCUAUCUCUCUACCACUCUCUCACCCAAGAGCUUUGAUUCAACUUCAGAGUGAAAAUGGCGUCGUACACGCUAUCGUUUAUCCCAUUGACGCUCUCUAAUCCUCGGAUCUUUGUUUCCAGACAAAACGGAUCUUUCUCCUCUUCGUCUUCUUCUUCUUCUUCUUCUUCUCCGAUUCCGCUUACUUCUUCUCUGUUAGGUAAGAAGCUUCUGGUGACACAACCGUCGCGACGCAGCUUCGUCUCCAAGCACAGGUGCUUGACCUCGGCCAGCACAGUCUUAAACGUCCCAACUGCGCAACCGGAGAAUGGUUCUUCAGAUAAGAUCCCAAAAUGGUCAGCGAGAGCUAUAAAAUCACUUGCAAUGGGGGAAUUGGAGGCUAGGAAGCUCAAGUAUCCAAGCACAGGGACUGAAGCCAUUCUCAUGGGUAUCUUAGUCGAAGGCACUAGCACAGUUGCUAAGUUCCUCAGGGGGAAUGGAGUCACACUUUUUAAGGUGCGAGAUGAGACGAUAAGCCUGCUAGGUAAAUCAGACAUGUACUUUUUCAGCCCAGAGCAUCCUCCUCUAACUGAGCCAGCUCAAAAGGCCAUUGCCUGGGCCAUUGAUGAGAAGAAUAAAUCUGCUGUGGAUGGUGAACUAACCACGGCAUACUUGCUUCUGGGGAUUUGGUCUCAAAAGGAUUCAGCAGCCCGCCAGAUUUUGGAGAAGCUCGGGUUCAACGAAGAUAAAGCCAAAGAAGUUGAGAAAUCGAUGAAUGAAGAUGUCGAUUUGAGCUUCAAGAAACAAGGUCAAUAGUGAUGAGGUUUAUAUCAAUCAGCAAAGCUUCUGUAACUGUAUAUGGAGUAGCAAAAGCAACUCUUUGAUUAAAGAUUCGGCAAAAGACCACUCUCUAGAAGGAAUCACUUUAUCGAGCUAAGACAUUUGCAGGGCUUCAUUAGCAUUCACUUUCAGUACUUGUUUGUUGUUAGUUUCGUUUAGCUUUUUUGUAUUAUCACAAUAUACAAACUCUGGAAUAGUGCUUUGAUUCUCGGAUGGUUUUAUGUCACUAAAAGGGAUCAACAUGCAUAAUUCCACAUCUGUCGAGUGAUGAUUGACUCCUUGUUUUCUUUCUAUUUAUGCUGUGCAUUCUGUUUUUUCUU